AUGCUUCCAAGGACCUCCCUGCCGUGUCCCACUGCCUAUAAGGCAAAGCACCAGUCCUACCAGCUGAACCUAGCGGAUGGCCCGCCUCCAAAGCCCCUCCCUGCAGAGGAGGCUGCCAUGCAUGCCCAGGUUAGCAACCAUGGCAACAAGGGGGGCCAGAUGACAUUGGUGCAGGUUCUGGUGGGGAUUUUUCUGUAUGUGAACUGUCUGAUGAUAUUUACCUUUCUGAACAAGGCAGUGUUCAGGGAGGACACUCGCUACAUUUUGUUUGCACAAUCCUUAUUUGUUGAUUCUGCUCUCAUGGUUUUAACUGAUAUGCUAAUGAUUGUGAAUUUAUACCAGUACCGCAUACACAUGAUUCCUUGCAUAAUUGUGUGUACAAUUGCAACUAUUUUCACCAUUUGUACUCCACUGACUCUUGUAGCAAUGUGUCUGGAGCGCUAUGUUGCUAUAUGCAUGCCUUUAAGACAUGCUGACAUCUCUACCAGCAGAAACAGAUGUUUUGGAUUUCUAUUCAUAUGGGGUAUCAGCUCCAUAGCUCCACUGUUCACAUUGAUUGCAUAUUUAUUUGUAGUUCCUCCUGGUGCUCUGUUCUCCUAUGCUUUGUGUAGUGCAGAGGUAAUGAUGGGGGAAGAGUGGCAGGCACAAACACGUGCUAUAAUUUUGCAGAUCCUUUUCCUAUUUAUGAUCAUUAUUAUUGUCUUUACUUACAUCAAGAUAAUGAUUGCAGCCCGAGCUGCCUCCUCUGAGAAUAAGAAAUCAACCAACAAGAGUCUCAGAACUGUGCUGCUUCAUGCCUUUCAGCUGUUUCUGUGUAUAGUUAAUUUUUUAACCCCAUACAUAGAAAUGCCUUUUUGGAAGGUAGAUUUCUUGGUGUUUCAUAAUGUAAGAUUUUCUAAUUUUAUUUUAUUUGUUAUUGCACCACGUUGUCUUAGUCCAUUGAUUUAUGGUCUCAGGGAUGAAAAGUUUGUCCUUUUUUUAAAACAUAAUGCUAUGUGUGGUUUAACAGCUUUUUGUCAACUUUAUUCAAUGAAAGGAAAAUAA